AUGGACCCCUCCAAUAUCAAUAUUAUCAGGCAGAUUACGUGCUCGGAUUCGUCUGCAAUAUUCGAGGUAGAUCUGGAUGGACAAAAGUAUGCAUUCAAGCUAUUCCACGACAACGGCGACCCUGGAUACACCAAAAAGGGUCGUGAUUUGAACCGGUUUCGCUGCGAGUUGAAUGCCUACAAGAAGCUUCUCACUGCCGGUGUCUGCGCGCGCGGUUUCGUGCCCAAAUUCCACGGCGACAUCAACCGAAUGGACCCCGCAGCGUUCCAUCCGGCUUUACAAGCUUUCGCCCGAGACAAGCUCAAACCGAGAGCAAUAUUGCUGGAAUAUUUCCCCCACGCAGAGAGUUUGAACUGCGUGACCUACUCGGACGCGCUCUAUCCCCAGGCAAUCGAGGAAAUGCACGAGAUCCACCAGGCGGGUGUGCACCAUCAGGAUAUCUACCCCAAAAACCGCCUCCUUGUCCGUGGGGACCCCGACAGGCUGGUCUGGAUUGACUGUGAUGUCGCGACGACCUUCACCGACUUGGGACCGGAACAGCUGGCCCGCUGUGACUACGAGAUUGCGCUUGUGAGGGGAUUGGCGGAGGCUCUGAGAGAUGACCAGACGGAGGGACUCCCGCCGAAAUACGAAAUUCUAUGGAGGGUUUUAGAUGGGCAAUCAACAUUGCCAUUGUCAUUCUGUGGGAAACAUUGUGAUUUCUCUCGUGGAAUUCGUGACCAUAGAGGCAGUGAAGGCGGUUGUUGUAUUGCAGCAUGGCGAUUUCGGGGCUCUGCGAACGCCAAGGCUGGGAUGUGAUCAUGAGGGCCGAGACAUUCAUCUAUAUUAUGGCGCCGACUCAGGUUUGUAUGGGAGACAUGUGAGGAAGUGUCCAGGGAUGGUC